AAUUUCCACCUCCAGCUGCACUUGUGCAGUUUACUCUCCCUUGCAGAAGCUGAACGUGUUGGAUCUUCUCAUGCAGCUCAGGCUAUUUUCUUGCGCCUAACGCAUGUUGCUGUUGGCCUUUGUCUCAACAUUGUGAUUGUUGUGUUGGCGCGUCAGUGGUUCGACCGUUCAACUUGCCGCUCUAGUCGCUCGAUAGCUGUUUUCUCAGGAGACCGGAGAGGUUGACCUGCCACUCGUUUCAACCGGGUCUCGCCCUCGCCGACUCCGCUCAGCACACGGCUCAUUAAUAUUUUUAUUAUUUAUCUCUUGAGCCGCCCUAGAUCGCGCGAUUAGAGCCGUCCAAGUGUGCGACAAUAAUCACCGAGCCAUCGCAACCCCUAUUGAUGUUCCCGCAAUACGCAUAGUCAAGGUCGACUCAACCUCCGCCCAUCGCCUGUUUAUUAUCACAAUGAAGCCCUCCACACUUCUUUUCUGCCUCGCCCCCACGGCUGCCCUCGUUGCGGCGGACCCAGUGCCGCACGCCGUCGCUCCAAGCCCAUCACUGCAGAAUGGCACCCCGUCAAGACCUCUAUCGGACGUGCAAACGACCCCCGAAGACGUACCGCACAUCCAGUCAGAGACGCAGCAGAUGCUCCACCUACAAGUCGCGGAUACACAAGCAAAACCAGACACGAUAGCCAUCCCUCUUCUCAGAAGGACGGCUCUUUCGCUACGGACACGGAGAUCAUCGACCGAGUUGACCAAGCGGAGCGAAGGCACACUGGGACAGACUCCGUGGAUUGGAAUGGCCAUUGGGCUGACCUGCACAACCAUGGCGGCCGUGAUGCUGGGGCCGUGUAUAGAAGGAUUGCUGACGGUUUUAUUGUACGAACACAUGAAAUAUACAAAACCAGACAUUCAGUUGAUUCUCAAACCUGUUCGAGGUAUUCUCUCAAUGCAGUUUUUAGCAGCGUAUAGAGCACGUCUACUUCGACCCCAACCCAUAUUCCACCAAUCCGCGGACCCAGCCUACCAAGUCUUGGAUUUAAGCAUCUACAAGGUUUGGCGCGGCUCAGAAUACCUUCGUAAGCAGGGAGCAGAGACUCGCUCGUAUGCAGUGGCCAAAUCUACUUCGAAAUUAACUAUCCUCUCCUCUCGUCUCACCUCAUCGUCCAUCAGACAAGCGCCCAGCUCAUUCCGAUCUGCAAGCUCAGCAGAAGCCGAUAAAGAAAGCCUUCAACGAUCUUGCGAUAGAAUGUCCACAAGCACAAACACAAUCAUCAACGCGCACAACAAUAUCCCCCCGGAGGUCCCCUCGUCGUCCGUCCCUAUUGCUCGCGAGCUCGGUAUCCUCUUCGGCUUCCUUCUCGCUUCGCUGGUGAUCAUGGGAGUUUACGCUGUUAUCUGGAGGGGUAUCGAACGCGCCGAGGAGGAGAAAGAUCGGGUGCGGAGGGAGCGCCUUGUUGCGCAGGGAGUACAUCAUGGACGCGGCGGAAUCCACGAGAAGAUGUUGAAUCAGGAUGUUCUUAUGGGGAGGCCGGAAGGGCUGCGGUCUGACGGUGUUCAUAGGACUGGGGAUGGAGAUGGAAGGGCCAGAAGAAACGGUGCCGGGGGUAUCGGUGGGGCCAGAACGAGGAGCAUGUCGAACCAGUUGGCGAUAUAG